GAGGUAUCUGGCGGGCGACAAACCGAUACUCCGUAUCGGACAGGUGCAUGUUCAGGUGUAUUUAAACAGUCAUACCUCUCUCUACACUUCACAUCUUCUCAGGCGGUAGAAAAUGGCACUCAAGAUGCUGUUGGUUAUGGUACUAGCUGCCUCGGUGUUGACAGUUAGCGCAAAUCGGGGCCAUGAUCUGAACGUUUUGAAGAACACCAUGCAGACUCUUGCCCGCCAACUCAUGUUGCAGCAACUCUUUGUGGAGGAGAGAAUAAGAUCGGACGGAGACUCUGGUGUCAAACAAAUCCGGGUCGUCAACAAGGGAACCAGGAGCUUCUUCUCAGACUCCAUCACUCAGCGGUCCGCUCUAGCCAUUCAUGAUCACUCUAACUAUGAUCGAACUGUGGGUAUGGGUGAGCUUAUCGCUGUGCUUAACGGAGUCGAGUUCCGCACCCGGCACAACGACUACAAACUUCGCAUGCCAAGUCGACACUCCAAGACGUACAACUCACUGGAGGACCUACCGUUCCCAGAUGUACCGAUAUCUGUUAGAAAUAAACAUACUGUGGCGGAGCAGAUCAAAGAGAUGCGCGAGUACUUCCGGGCGUUCAAGGAACAGAACACUCAGAUCCGCUCAGAUUAUAAGCAAUACUUUAAGCCCGCCAUGUGUUACCUAGAGGGAGGCUGGACAACAAAUACAGAGACGCUAGAGGAACCCUUCCAUAGCGACCGCCACUUCUUGGAUGCGGCUGGAUGGGCUGACCUACAGAGAAAGAUCCGAUUUACGUCUUAUACCGGAGGUAAGAGUCUGAGGGAGAACUAUGGAUUUUUACCCACCACCCUUGUAGACGUCAAGAAUGGAACACCGGUGUACUCUCAAUGGAACUACCGUAUUCUCUGCAACCCAAUAAAAACAGAACUCGGGCUUGGAGACUUUGCUCUUGUGGAUGACCUAGGCCCGCGUUUGGCGAACAGGAAGACUAUGGAUCAGAUGUCAAUGAACAAGGCGGCCCGGUUUACAUUGAAUCCCACACACAGCAGUCAUCAGUACAACAGCACUCUUGGACACGGAAAACUUGACAUCAGGCUAUACGGACAAGGACUUAUAGAUAACAUAAUGCAGGAAAUUCCAGGCAAAGACAAUUAUCUUGCAAACUUAAAUGACCAUGCUUUUCAAAGAACAGAAUACGAUAUGAAAUAUUCGAACCUUACUCAACUGAACACUGGAUAUUACCACCGCUGGUUGAAGUAUAAACAGGAGGGUAAUUCAAAAAUAUACACUUUGUACCGUGGAUACUCCGACCAGAACCUGUGGACCGCCCAGACUACACAACCCCAGAUAACACCCCGUGCCAUCAGGCAAUGUCAUACUGACCAACACACCCACAAACGCGUGUGUGCCGACCAAGUUUCCAGGUACACAUAUGCUAUUCCACUUGAAAUAAUUUGGCUAACACCGUUGUAUAAAUGGAACCCAUAUGAGCUUGUAUUCCACCACGGCCCUUCCACAGUCUACCCAGCCAAUUCGGUAGACGCCAAUGGCCGAGAUGGCGGUAUGAGCAGCAACAAAGCCUUUAACGGUACCCGCUCUGAUGCCUUUUAUUUCACUCCAAACGAAUUCUUCAAACCUGGCACAGAUUUAACUAGGGAGGCAGUAGGUGUCCUUGACAAACAUGGCCAGGUCAGGAGUGUCCGGUCCUCGGGUACUCGCAUCUUCCUUCCUGAUAUCGAAGGUGUUGGAAAAGUAAGAUUGAGGUACCCAAUAGCCCCGGCGCACUUCGAGGGCAACGCCGUCUACAAAGAGAUAGACGCACUCAAACAGAUGGUCAUGCAUAUGCAGGACUAUGUGAAGUAUUUUGAGAGGCCACCAGCAGUUGGACAACACACGGCCAACCAAUCUCUAGUGCUUAAUCCAAACGAUGAGCACUUCCAGACGUCCAACACCACGUGGCACACCCCAGGGCCUCACGUACACGACAUAUACCUGAACCCCAACCAAUACCGUGACGUAACUCGCGCAAAAACGGUGUCCGUAUACACCUCCGUGGCACUGGGACACCAGCACUUGAUUGAAAUGACCGGCGAUCCUCACAACCACACCAUCUUUACAAUUACCAAGUGCGACAAUCAUCCAACUUGCGCGGGUGGUCACACAUCUGUUCUCAAGCAUCUUCCUUAGCCCGGACACCAUGUGGAAAGUAAUACAGUCUGUCUAAUUUAACUGUAAGUUACGAAAUAUUAAAUAAAUCAUUGAUGU